AUGUUAUUGCGUACCGGUAUAAGUAAGUAUCUACAGGAUAUCAAUGAGUUUCGUAAGGUUUCCGGGUGGUUAUUCGGGUGCCUUGGUUGUCCAUUUACUGGGUUGCUUUAUACAUGCAACAUUCAUAAUGACGAGACGUCAUUAUGUAUAUACUGGUUGAGUCCAAAAUACUUUCAAUUCUUCGACGAAGAGAGAUUCUCUGGAAGACACAACAUUGAUGAUAAUUCCUACAGACCUGUAGGAAUUCAUUUUAAAAGUCCGAUUCGGGAACAGUUUUCGAAAAGAAUGAAUGAUAUUAUAGAAGAAUGCACAGCACAAGCAUCUGUUCUUGAAAGGCUGUCAUCAUUGGCCCAGCAUAUUACGUGGGGGUUGGUAUCUUUGCAGGUAUCGGCCGGGUGUUUGAACGACGCGACUGUGAUUUUUGGCCACAUGUGCCUUUGGCAUUGUCUUGGACUCUUCCAACAAUAUUCAGAAGAAUAUUUGGAGGAAUCCUGGUUGUUAAGGAUCCUUAAUGAAAAAUUUAAAAAACAUGUAGAAGAACAUGAAGAAUGCACAAUUUGUGUGCAUGAAGAUCAAAAAGAACAUAAAUUGCGCAAAAGAGAUAAUCCUGAGUAUUGUUACGUGAAUUUGACUGGUUUAAUGUCGAUGGGAAUCCCUUGGGCUGUUGUAAUCCUGGCUCGUUUAACGCCUCCAAUCGGCUGUUUCUGCCGCUGUCAAUAUUUAAGUGUGCUGGCCUCUAUAUGGUCAACCAACACGUGA